AUGGAGGGGAAGGAGGAAGGAAGGGAGAAGGAGCUGGAAAACAGUGUACGCGAGAUACAUGAGAACUAUCAACUUCUCCGCAUUUUGUUGGAGCAGAUUCAGGUCUUGGGUAAUACAUCCGUGAACGACAGUAACGAGGCACCAUUGGUCAAGCUUGUCCAAAAAUGCAUCGAUACCAAUGGUGAGCCUCAAAAGACUAUCAUUGGCAACCAGGUGCCAAAGCACAGCGCCCGAUCUCUGAGGGCUUGUUUGGCUAUGCUCAAAAGACGGACGCCCGCGUGUGAUCCCGUACCGACGAGCGAAUUGCGUUGGCCCGCAACCCGAGUUCAUGCAGUAAUGCAUCCUGUUCCUGGACAACGGCUUGGGCUGUUGCCUAGUAUGAAGGACAUCUGUGGCAUGCAGAGUAUUCUCCGCAGUAGUCAUGGGUUCCGAAAUCGACUGCCUUGCAGCAGAAUGUGCAGCAGUGGUUGA